CUUUCAAGUCCAGUGUAGAGUCUGGCUUGCGAUCUUCCCGAAGAUUCCUCUGUGUUGUUUUCCUUCCAUUAUUAUGCGUUCAUAACUGUCUUUUGUCUCUUGUUGCUGUUGUUCGUCAAAAAUGGCACCUUCACUUGAAACAGCUCUAUCGCAACCGGUGCAGCUGCCACUGUUGUUCAAGGAGAAGUCUCCAGCAGCCAUCCAGGUUUUGUCACCACCAGAACCCAAUCUGAAAGUGAAGAAUACCCAAAAUGGAUACUACAUACCAGAAGUACCGCAAGGAGGUGUGCGAAAGCACGCCAGCACAUUUGAAUUGGAAAAUCAUCCAAUUGAUGCGCCAUCCAAGAUCAGAGUUGCAGUCAUCGGAGCCGGGCUUGCGGGAAUCACAGCAGGCAUUCUUCUCCCUGUAAAGGUUCCUGGAAUUGAGCUCACAAUCUUCGACAAGAACGCGGACGUGGGUGGUACAUGGUACGAGAAUGUCUACCCUGGAGUUCGCUGCGAUAUCCCCGCAAACGUCUACCAAUCCACGUUCGAGCCCAAGACGAACUGGACGGAAGAAUAUGCUCAAGGAGCAGAGAUUUUGGAGUACUGGCAGAAUGUUGCACACAAAUACAAUGUCUACCAAUACCUCAAGCUGCGACACAAAGUUGCAGGCGCAGAGUGGGAUGAAGACACUGGCCGCUGGACUUUGCGGAUUGAGAAUAUAUCCACAGGAGAAAUCUAUGCCCCAGAGUUUGAUGUAGUGAUCACAGCGAUCGGUCGAUUUAACGCCUGGAAGUUACCAGAUUACCCAGGAAUCAAGGACUUCCAGGGCCAUCUGCGGCAUUCAAGCGCCUGGGAUCCAAAGUUUGAUCCAACCGGGAAGAACGUUGCCGUGAUCGGAAAUGGAGCGAGCGGUAUCCAAGUCGUGCCUAACAUUCAACCUAAAGUCAAACAUCUUGACCACUACGCUCGUAGUCCGACCUGGAUCGCAGGGUCUUUUGGUGGCGAAGGACCAGGCAGGAGACUAGAGCCAAAUUACUACGCGAAGGAGCUGCUGGAUUCAUUCAGUGACCCCGAGACGUACCACAAAUUUCGAAAAGAGCUAGAAUCGACAUUUUAUCGCCGCUUCGGUACACUUUUCAAAGGCAGCGAGACGAAUAACGGACUCCGAGAAGAGUUCAUCAAACUCAUGGCUGAACGAUUAAAGAAGAAGCCGGAACUUCUCGAGCAUAUCGUCCCAGAUUUCUCACCCAAUUGUCGACGAUUAACUCCUGGUCCUGGAUACCUGGAAGCACUGACCGAAGACAACGUCAGUUUCAUCCGCACACCGAUCAGUCACUUCACGCCAGAUGGGAUCGUCACUAUAGAUGGAAUUGAGAGGAAAGUCGAUGCCGUCAUCUGCUCUACAGGUGCGAAUGUGGACAUGAAGCCACCCUUCCCGAUCAUAGCGAACGGGAAGGAUCUCCGACACGUCUGGUCCCCAGAUCCCCUCACCUAUCUUGGAUUCUCAACACCUUCAUUUCCCAAUCUUUUGCAUGUCCAAGGUCCCAACGCCGCAGGUCACAGCGGAACAGUCCCCAACCAAGUCGAGACGCAAAUCACAUACAUCGCCAAGCUCCUCCGCAAAGUCAAUACGCAGAGGAUCAAAUCUUUCGUUCCAUCUCAAGCAGCGACAGAUGAUUUCGUGGCGUAUUCAGACUCUUUCUUUCCCAAGACCGUAUUCUCCGAGAAUUGCAGCUCAUGGGCGAACGGUGGACGUCCCGGUGGGAGGAUUCACGGCCACUGGCCGGGAAGUGCGUCGCAUGUAAACUUUCUGAGAAGGGACCCGCGAUGGGAGGAUUGGGAGUGGAAAUACAAAACUGAGACGGGGAAUCGGUUCGCGUGGUUAGGAAAUGGGUGGACAAGGAAGGAGGAGAAGGGAGAAGGAGAUUUGACGCCGUAUUUGAAGAAACCGGCGGAUAUUGACUUGAGGAAUUAUCAUGAGAGUUGGUUCGAGGGGCUAGAUGGGUAAUGAAGAACAUAUAGGCUAAUGCAUUGUGAAUUUCUAGACAGCUUCGUGUCUAAGAUCACCAAAGA